UCGAGGCAGGCGGCUUCUGAAGCUCCGCCCCUCCGGAGGCCCUGUGACAAGCUGCGCAGCAGAAAUGCAGGAUUUUUACUGCGGUGAUUCUGCGGCUCUCUGACCCGCCUCGGGGCCCAGACCCGGUGUCAACAAGCGGCAUGGCGGAACCGACCGUCCGGGUGUCCGGUACCGUGUUGGCUUCUCUCAUGUUCCAGCAUCUGAACAGCGACUCGGACGUGGAGGGUUUGGUUCUGGGUGAAGGCAGGAUUGAAGAGCAGGUCACCAUCAGCGACUCCCAGGCUGAUCACAUCCACAUCGAGGAAACGUACAACGUCCAGAAGCACAUCGCCUGCCACAGACUGAACACUCUGUACAGCAACACUGGAGAUGUGAACAUGGAGGCUGUGCAGAAGAUGCUGGUGGAAAAUAAACAGGAGAGCGUGAUCGGCUGGUACCGGCAGCGGCGGAACACGGAGCAGCAGAUGACCCUCAGAGAGAAGCUGAUCCACGAGAACCUGAAGAACGUCCUGUCCAACCCUCACAUGAUCUUCCUGCUGCUGACGUCCAGCAAGGUGACGCCCUCAGGCUCCACCCACAGGAUUGAAUACUCUGCCUUCAUCUCCCGCAGCAGGCGCUUCGUGAACGUUCCCGUCCUCAUCACCAACCUGGGUCUUCUGGAGCAGCUGGCCUACUGGAAGGUCUCGACGUCCUGCUCAGCUGCUGGCUACAGCCUCACCAUGAAGAAGCAUGGGUCCAGGUUCUUCUCGUCUGACGGGCUGCUGAAGGAGGUGAAGGAGGUGAACAGCAUGAACGAGUCGCUGCAGGUGGAGCUGCAGAAGUCCUGCAGAGACGUGGAGGAAAGUGAACGUCUGGUUGAAGCUUUGCAGGCCGAAGUUUGCUCUCUGAGGAGACGACUGAAGGAGAAGCAGCAGAAGGAAGCAGCUGAAGAACCAGAACCGGUCCAUCCGUCCCACCAGAGGAACGUCCUCCUGCAGGACUCCGUCUCGUCUCUGUCCUGCUGUCCUCUCUUCUGCUCUCAGACGCUCAACCUGCAGGGCUUCCCUCUUCCUGACGUUUCCACGGUGACGCAGGUAAACGCCGACUCACCUCCGGCCGACAGGAACAGGAAGCGUCCGAGGGAGGAGCCGAUGGGGGGGGACAGGAAGCGCAGGAGGAGCUGACGAUGAGCUGAUCGGAUCAAUACCAUUGAUCGGCUGCUUAAAGUCUGAUCUUUGAAGAGACGGUUAGGGAUCAUUGGCACUGAUGGAAGCCCGACCUGGGAGACGUUUAACGGGAGAAUGACUCUCUGAGGGCUGAUGUGUCCAGCUGUGGAGCUCCAGAUGUUCCUCAGAUGUUCUCCAGAUGUUCCUCAGAUGUUCUCAGACUGUAACAGACAUUUAGUGUCGUAUUUUUAGAUCCAUGACUUUUUAUUAUUAUUUUCAGACGUUCUGUUCAAACUUUUAGGACAAAUUAAUAAAAAGAUUUUGACGUACAUUAA